AUGUUUUCAAAAAGUGAUCGAGUUUGUUUCUAGCCUACUUAUAAUCCUCCUGUUGGCUACUACGAAGUCAACCACUAACAUUAGGCUAAAGGGGCUGACUUUUCGAAAUCUAUAUCUAGAAAUCUAGAGAGUAGACAAAGUGUGAGUCCUUAAAACUAUAAUAACAAUCUACCAAAGAUGUCAUUAGCCAGUCCUUAGUUAUCUGCUUAUGCCAAACCAGGUGAAAGAUUGAAGAUUGAAUAGAAAUAUAAGAAACCAAAAGAGAGAAGCUACAGUUACUCUUAAAAUCCAGACAUAUCAAUUAACAACUUCGAUAGGUUGCCCAUCAAAUAGAAAGGCAAGCGACUUAAGAUCGUUUAUCAAAAACAUACUACAGAUGUGGAAAAUUCAAUGGAAGAACCUAACUAAUUAUAAGUUUAGGGAUAUUACAAUUCAAGAUCUUAAACCCCUUUUACGGGAUAGUCUAAAAGAAGGAAACCUAAAACACAUAGGAAUAUAUUUUCUUUAUUUCCUUCUGACAGUUUGGAAUUGGCUUAGCAACGAGAAAAAUUGAAGGAUAAACCAAUACCUCCUCCUGGGGCGUAUUAUAAUGAAUUUAAUGAUUCCUCUAUAAAGAUUGAAAAAAUACCUUGGAGAUUUUAAUGUUUCUCUUCAACAGUUAGGAGAUUUAGUUAAUAACAGUAAGAUACAGGUCCUAGUGUAGGUGCUUAUGAACUCAAAACAAAAUCAAAAGCCAUAGGAGUUAUAUAACUUGAUAAAUAUAGUAAAAGACAAGAUAAAUAGCUUAAUUUUCCUGGUGUAGGUACAUAUGAUAUUGAAUAACCAUUUACAUAAUCAAAACCUAAACAAAAGUAAUAACAAGAUUUUCCAUGUCCAUUUGGAUCAAGUGGUAAGAGAUUUUGA